UCAGUAGUGGAGAGGACGGUGGACGACGACGAUUGGGGUUUGGUCCCUUGGGACAGUUCCGUAGCUCAGCUGGCUCGGUGGGCUAGGUUGCGGGUGCGGCAUGGUUCUUGGUGGGAUUCCAUGGGAGUCCUUGUCCGCAUUAUGGAGCCCGUGCAUGACAUGCUUCGCAAGUUGGGCCGGGGAGGGCUGCACAUGUCGCUGGUUGUGCAGUGGACGYCGGACGUGACCCGUGAUGUAGCAUGCGAGGUCCGCGCACUUCCACCACGUGUUGCGCACUUCAUUAUGCAGAAAGUGCAGGCUCGGUGCGCUCACAUGUUGGAGCCGGUGCACGCCGCUGCUCACCUUCUGUGUCCCAGUCGCCGAGACUUGAGGUACUACGAGGGCGUCGGCGGCGAUUACGAUGUGAGACUUGUGCGGGAGGCUGAGACGUACAUCCUCACACAGACUCGGUUUAGUGAAGCGAGCCCCGAUUGGAUGUGCCCAACUGCGCGACUUCCACACAUGGAGAAGGGCGAUUGCGUGGGGGGGGAGGGAUGGAGACAGGGAGACACAGAGGUGUACCGGCGAUGUGGAGAAAGAGGAACUAGGGCCGUCCAUGAGGCUGUGCGCACGAAGAAGCACAACAAGAUUGAGUUCGAGAAGGUUGCGAAGUUGGUCGAGAUCUCGGCCAACGUCCGCCUUCUCUCUCACCAGCGGGCUGGCUGCGGUUUUGCGUUGCCAUGGACGAUCGAUGAGUCGAUGUUGGAUGUGGAGGGAGGCAUAGGGACGCAGCCGUCCUGGCAGGGGACGGACGCCGGCAGGACACAGGAGAACCGGGAGAGGCAGAGACGUGCGUGGACGCGAGACCCGUGUGGGUCGAGAGCUCCUCGGGGAGAGGUUGGAGAGGAGUUGGCCCGUCUAGCAGCGGCGGAGCGACAGAGACAGUUGGGGACGCUUAUGGAGAUGCCCCCUGAUGAACAGGCGGCUGCCCACAUUGAUCUGGUGACAGAGGUUCGUGAUGGGACGCAGGUGGAGGUAGCUGGACGUGAGGCAGCUUUCGCAGGGAUGCAGGGGGAGGCAGCUGCAGGCGAGGCGACUUCAGCAGGGAUACAGGGGGAGGCAGCCGCAUGCAAGGCGACUUCACCAGGGAUGCUGGGGGAGGCAGCUGGACGCGAGGCAGGUGGAGGCGAGACGGGUGGAGGCGAGGCAGCUGGGAUGUCGAGAGAGGCGCAGGGGUUGCACGAGACCGGGGUCCCCGCACCAGACGACCCGCGUCUGGUGCCCGACCUGCCUCUUCACGAAGGGCAGAGGACCGAGGAUGCUUUGCUUGAGACCGAGGACAUGCCUCUGGGUCUGGAGGACAUAUAGGCGGGUCAGUCGAUGGGCGUUGUCAUACCAAAUACCCUUACAAGGGUAUUUGGCGUGCUUUUUGCAAAUCACGCAAGUGCAAUUUCGCC